CGGUGCCCUCAGACAGGGCCCUCAGCCUCGCCACGGCCUGGGCAGCACACCCCGAGCCAGGCCGGGGGAGCGCCGGAGGUGACACCGCGCACCCAGCGAGGGGCAGUGAUUUAGAACGGCCACACAGCUGCCCAGCCGCCCAUGUCGAGACAGCCAUCCCUCUGUCCCGACAGGGGUGCCUCGGCGAACGCCUCCGUGCCAGGGGCGCCCUGGAAGCGCGGCGCGCGCCCCCGCCUCAGCGCCUCGCUGCUCCCCGCUGCCCUAGACUGUCGCGCACCGCGGCGGCGGCGCUUCCGGCCCUGCCAGCCGCCUCAUCUAUGGUUGUUCCUCCCGCUGGGGCUCGGUGCCGGGCCGUCAGGCGGGCUGGCGGCCUGCCCUGAGGGGGGCAGGGGGCAGUUCCCCCAAAACCGCCUCCCCGCCCGGCCAGCAGCUCCGGCUCCUUCGCGGGCGUUACGGGGCGAGCGGCCCCCCUUCCUCCCCGUGGGGCGGAGGCGGCCAUGGCGGAGGCGGGGAGAGGCGGCGCCGUGCAGGUGUCUGUCAUUGUGCCUGUUCACAAUAGUGAAUGCUGGUUAGAUGAAUGCUUGAAGUCGGUUUGGGAGCAAGAUUUUAAAGAAACCAUGGAGCUGUCAGUUUUUAAUGAUGCCAGUAAGGAUGGUUCAGCUGAAAUAAUUGAAAAAUGGAAGAUCAAGUUGGAAGAUGCUGGUGUUUCAGUGGUCAUUGGUAGUAAUGAUUCAUCCCAACCUCGAGGCGUUGGAUUUGCUAAAAAUCAGGCAGUAAUUCAGAGCUCAGGAACCUAUCUCUGCUUUCUGGAUUCAGAUGAUGUGAUGAUGCCACAGCGGGUUAGACUGCAGCACGAAGCUGCCAUUCAACACCCAAACAGUAUUAUUGGUUGCCAAGUCAGAAGAGAGCCACUGGAGUCUACUGAACGUUAUACUCGUUGGAUCAAUAAUCUAACUGAAGAACAACUUCUUACACAGGUUUUUACCUCCCAUGGACCUACUGUGAUCAUGCCAACCUGGUUCUGUUCUCGAGAAUGGUUUUUUCACGUUGGAAAAUUUGAUGAGGGUGGAAAGGGUGUUCCAGAAGAUUUGUUGUUUUUUUAUAAGCACAUCCAAAAGGGCGGUGAAGUCUUUCGAGUAAACCAUUGCCUCCUGCUGUACCGUUACCAUCCACAGGCUGCAACUCAUUCCAUCCUAGAGGGAACCAUCUGGAAUCACCGAGUCAGGUUUCUUGAAGACAGAGUCCUGAGCUGCUGGACGUCGUUCACCAUUUGGAAUGCUGGCAAGCAAGGCAAGAAGCUCUACAGAAGCUUGUCACCAGCUAAUCGGAAAAAAGUAACUGCAUUUUGUGAUGUUGAUGAAAAGAAAAUAAGAAAAGGAUUCUACACUUAUGAAGAAUCUGAGGAGAGACCAAAACCCCAAAUUCCUAUAUGUCACUUCAGAGACGCAACUCCACCCUUCAUUAUCUGCGUGAAGCUGGAUUUGACAGGUGGAGCGUUUGAAGCAAACCUGAACAUGCUGAACUUGAAGGAAGGGAUGGAUUACUACCACUUUAACUGAAAACCAAGUGCACUUCACAGCUCGUGCCGAGAAUCCACUUUGUCAGGAUGCUGCAGCACAAACUCUUCCAGUCCUACCUGAGCCACGAGCUUCAGCUGACAAAGCAGCGCCUGCGACUUCCUUACACUGAACUCUGCAAGACAGAAAGAAAAAAAGAGGUCACGUGGAGUAGGCACGCAUCACUGGUUUAGCAGUAUCCCAAUCAUGUAAUUAAGUAAACUAAACCAAGAAGAAAAUGUAGACAUACAAAGAUGUAACAUUUAUAGUCCUUUUUAACACUAAUUUUUAACUACCCUCUAGCAAAUUUUAUUUGGACAAGUUUUAAAGGAAGGGUAAGUGUUGAUUUCAGCUGAAAUCCAUUUCUUUCACCUUUUCAUAAUGUUAGGCUUGGCUUUCUCAGUUGUUUCUCCGCUGCUCUGAGGAUAUGUGAGCUCUCGAGGAAAAGCAGUGUUGUGCGCUCUUGUGUGAGCACAGCCUGGCUGCUGCUAGGGACAGCUGGGCAGCUGUGGAGUCCUUGGCGUUCAGUAUCGCCUUCACAGUGAACUCCAGCAGUUCUCAGGGCAGGCGCAGGCUUAACUCUUUUUGCUAACAGUUAUACUAUUUGUUUAUGUUAAAAGAGGAGAAAAAAGGUAAAAUUCCAGAAUCAGCACGUAACUUCCAGAUUGCACAUGAUACUGCUUGUGACAGUUCCAUCUGAAAUACCGAUACAUGUAUUUGGCUGUUUCUUAUUAUUUUGUUUACAUUGGGAGAUAAUUAUUGGAGACUGAAAAAUGAGGAGAAAACUAAGGAACAAGUAAGUUUUUUUGAGAUCAGGGAGUUCACCUUGUAACAUCUUUCAUUUGAACAUAAAAUUUCUUUUAGUUGACUAGAAAACAGCACUGCUCAGGUCAAUUUUUGCUCUAAAGCCAAUUCCUUGUAUGGGUGAGAGGUUCAGAUUCUUGUUUUCCAGAAUGGCAGAAAUGUUAGUUACAGGUUUCUUAAAACUUACUAAAAGCAGAAACCUGCAGACAUGACGGUAAAAACUGGAAAAUGGGUAAAGAAACUGCCAUGGGGGCAGCAGGGUGUCUUUGAAGGCUAUUCAUGGAUGUCUUGAGUAUUAGUCUUCUGACCAAUUUUUUAAAGAUAUAUAUAUUUAUAACUCAGGAAAAUAUAGGAUCUACUUACAGCAGGAAGCACCUUCAGUGUAAGGGAUGAUGAGACUAUUACACAGGAGGAACUGGCUGACCUCAAGGACUCGCACAGUCACAUCCCAGCCAGCCAGUGCAGCCGGCAGUUUAAAAACACCAUUAGCCAAGGUCACCCUCAGCGGCCGUGCAGGAGAAAAGACUUGGUGGCUUUCAGCCCCAGAUGCUGCAGCUGUGAAAAAUGCUACGGCAGUUCUGAAGUGGAACUGUGCAGGGCAACAUUGCAUAAUUCUAGUCACAAAAAUAAUGGUGUUCAAGUAUUUCAGAAAAGGAAGGUAUUUCCCAAUUAGGAAAAGCUUAGGAAAGACAACUGCAUGGGUGAUGUUUCUGCAUUCUAAAAUAAUUACAAAGAACAAAACCUUCCUAAAACAACAAUAAAAAUCACAAAGCCCAAGAGCAAGUUAAUAUACCACUGGUUUUAAGCUUAAUCAGUUUACAGAAUAGGUUAUAUGCUGUGGGUGCCUGUGAUGCCAGGGAAGAAGCCUUGGAUCAUCAAGCACUUCCACCUUCUCUUGCAUACCCAAAAAUAAUUUUUCUUUGUGAAUUGUCAUGUUAACACAUGUUCUCUAAACCAGUAAUAAUUCAGCCUCCUUAUCUUUGGACAGAGAGGAAAGGAACCUCUCAGAACCCCUUGAAAAAUUCUGUACUUCUGCAAUACUGAGCAGACGGGCAAUUCCAAACUAUCUGCAUUAAAAUGAAAUGGGACCUACAUAUGGCUAAGUUGUCUGUCAUCCUAUGAACGUAUAGCUUUUAGAUUAUAUUCUUCCUCUUAGGCAGCGUUAGAAUUCUGUGGUUUGCACAACAUCUCAGGUUAUAAUCCUGCUGUUGAAAUUGACGGGGAAUUUUUAAUCCCUUUUUCUUUCCCCAGAAAGGGCAGACGAGCAGUUUUUGAAACAUCUGUACUGCAUUAUUUAAUUCCUGCAUUUUGUUUGAGUAAGAUGUCACACUGCAAGCCUGGAAUGGUUUCAAGAAAGGAGAGUGGAAGGGCUUAAGCCAACAGUUUCAGCAAUUCCAUCUAUUCUGGAGUUAGCUGUGAGGCCGUUCCUCCUGGUGCACACGGGUACGUUCAGGAACCGGCGCAGAACCGCAGCUGUUGCACAGAAGUUCCCGGCAGGCUUGGGGGAACAACUGAUCGUUCCUGUGGUAUUUACAGACCCCCCCGGAGCACAUUUCCGUACUUCACCUUGGAUACCAGCUGCGGUUUGGGCACUUUCAUGAGAUCACAGAGGCAGUUGCGUUUCUCUCGUACUACUGGCAAUUCAGCUUCCCUGCAUGAGGAAGUAUUUUCCAGUUAAUUCAGAAAUAAAACCCCGAGGUUAGCUACAUACAUACAACUUCUUAAGCUAUCCAUUUUGUUAUUAUAUGGCUAUGUACGCGUCUGUUCUUUCACGUAGGUUUCAAAUCUUAGAAGUUUUUGGUGUGUGUCACAUUUUAAGGAUAAUGUAACAUUUUUGUACCACCUGAAGCCAGAUAAACCAUAAACAUACACCAGAUCUUCCACAAGUGACCCGUUACUAGUAAAAUGUCCAAGACAAUUCCUUUAGGCUUUUGUAUUCAAAAAAUCCCCACUUAUUCAUACAACCCAUUCACUAAUUUUUUAUUUAAAGCUACAGCUCCUUUUUUGUUUAAGACUACUUCACGUCAAGAAUUAAAAUAAAUGCCAGUGGAUUUGGAGAACAUUCUACAAUCUAAAGAAGCCUUCUCCUGAAACAGAAAAUCCAGACCUAAAACUUGUGAGCCUUUUAAAAAGUUUCUGAAGUAGUAUCAUGUCGAUGAGGUAAUUUCCUCAAGAACUGUCAGUUACAAAAAGCCCCUAAAUGCCAAAAAUCCAUACAGACAACAUUCUUUUGCAUGUUGUAAAAAUCUACCACUAACUGGAAUGCUGUGGGACUGGAGACUGCCAAAUAUUAUUCACCAUUUAGAGUAGAUUUAUUUUGCUUUUCUUAAGUAACUGUAAUGUUACUUGUAUGUAACUGUACCUGAUUUUGUACAUGUAACAGUGUACAAAAACUAUAAAUGUGCUAUUUAAAAAUGUAACUCUUAGCACAUAAACAGAGUUCAAAACUGCAGAGAGAAAGCAUAAAGGGCAAGUUAGAAAUAAUCUUAACUUCUGGUUUUCUGACACCUUGGACAAUUUAUCAUAUUUAAUACUGGAAACCUUCCUGUAGCUAAACAAAACUUAUAUAAAGUAAUUCUUUUAACUCUGAAUUUUAUAAUCAUAAACUGUCUAUAGUUUCAACAACGAACAAAUAUGCAUAUGCCAGUAAUUAUAGUCUUCCCCAAAUACAAAUUCUCAUUUGGCUUCCGGAUGUUAAUGCUUAUUGUAAUUCAGAAUUUACUACGAUUGCUUUGGCACUGGGAGAGCUUGAGAAGAACAAGCCGCUCUCGCUGACACUUCGCAAUGACUUCAAACCUCUUCCUUUGUAAACAGUUCAAGCCUACCACGAUAAAACAAGUUUUAAGUAAACUAGCUCUUCAUCUUUAAUCUUAGUGCAAUGGGCAUAUGGCAACAGGGAACUCAGAGCAAGUCCUGAGCUAAGACAAUAAAACAGGCAGCCAGUCACACCUUAAAAAUGACAACAUGAAAACACAAUAUUUAUUUUUCUGAAGUGGUUUUUACAACUAUUUUGCUUUGGUUUAGUAACCCAUUUAUGAGCAGAACUGUGCUACCACCGCUUUUUCUGUAGCAAUUUGGUGUGUACCGCUUCUAAUUUUGGUAUUGUAAACAUCCCUGUGUGACGGCAGUAAUCCAAGCCUAUUCAAUUGUUUCUGUUAACAAAUUCUUUAUGUAACUUCUGAGCAAGCCUGCUCUUAAAUUCAGGUUUCAUAAGCGAGCACUGAAUCACACUAAAUAAGUAAUUUUAACAACAGGCAGAAUUGUUGAUAACCAGUUCUUCAAAUCUGAGACAGUUAUUCUAAUUCUGAGCUGGAAAAUUCAGAAUAGCAGCAGCCACUGCUUACAAUGACAAACUUAGUUUUCUUUUCCCAAAUAUAAAAUUAUUUAAGCUCAGCGCAGAAAUGAACUGGAAAGUAAUUAACAGUUAAAUAACGUAAGCCUGCAGUCUGAAAAAAUGUAAACCACAGCCUUAAGGUGUAUUUGUUCUUUAAACAUAGCUAGAUACAUUUAUUUCCAUGAAAUGUCAAUGAAGACAAAAAGCCAUUUAAUAUAAUGACUAAAUAAAUCAUAUUUUUUUUUA